AUGGAUAUGCCAGCCUUGCAAGGUAUGCCGCAAGAGCGACACAAUCGUGAUGAAGAAUACCAAAACAGAAAUCACUACUCUGAUGAAUCGACCAUUGAAGGCGUUCAUGGUAAAGAAGAAAUCAGCAGCGACAAUGAAACAUCAACUGCAAACUAUCCCAAUGGCGGUGCUUUCGGUGAAGCCGAGGGCAAUGCUGUCAACAUUGAAGAGGCCAUGUCUAAUUAUGAAGAGAUCCGCAGAGAAUUGACACAGCAAUCUCGCAUCUCUCGUCGUAAAUCAAUGACACCUGAUCAAGUAGAAAAAGGCGAUGUCAAGGAUUUCGAUCUAACUGACUUUUUGCGUGAACAAACUGAAACCAGCGAAUCUCAAGGUUUCCAUCCCAAGCAUAUGGGUGUCGUCUGGAAGAAUUUGGUCGUACAAGGUCUCGGUGCUGAUGCUAAAACGAUUCCUACCAACUGGACCUGGAUUCGUGAUGCCGUGCAAUUCUGGAAAUGGGGAAAGCAUGAAGGUCAUGAUUUUACUAUCCUCAAGGGAAACGAUGGUUUCUGUAAAGACGGUGAAAUGCUUCUCGUACUCGGUCGUCCUGGCGCUGGUUGUACUUCUCUAUUGCGUGUGCUUGCCAACAUGCGUGCCUCUUACACCAACAUUGAAGGCUCCGUCCACUAUGGUGGUAUUGAAGCUCAAGAGUUUUCCAAGCACUUCCGUGGUGAAGUCUGUUACAACGAAGAAGAAGAUCUCCAUUACCCUACCUUGACCUGUAAGCAGACCUUGAAGUUUGCUCUCAAGAACAAGACGCCUGGUAAACGUCUCGAAGGUGAAUCCAAGGGCGAGUUCAUCAACAAGGUUCUCUACAUGCUGGGUAACAUGCUCGGUCUGACCAAGCAAAUGAACACCAUGGUCGGUAACGCGUUUGUGCGUGGUCUCUCUGGUGGUGAGCGUAAGCGUCUCUCUAUUGCUGAACAAAUGACCACUCGUAGUUCCAUCAACUGUUGGGAUUGUGCUACUCGUGGUUUGGAUGCCUCUUCUGCUCUUGAUUAUGUUCGUUCUCUCCGUAUCAUGACUGACAUCUUGCACAAGACUACCAUUUCUACUCUUUACCAAGCUUCUGACAGUAUCUUCCAUCUCUUUGACAAGGUCAUGGUGCUUGAUGAAGGUCGUUGUAUCUACUUUGGUCCCACUAAUGCUGCCAAGAGCUACUUUGAGGAGAUGGGUUUCUUCUGUCCUAGCCGUAAAUCCACUCCUGAUUUCUUGACUGGUCUCUGUAACAUGAACGAACGUGAAUACCGUGAAGGCUACAAGAACCAAGUGCCUGUCAAUUCUGUUCAAUUUGAAAAGGCCUACAAGGAAUCUGCUCUCUACUCCCAAAUGAUGCAAGAACGUGAUGAAUACGAACAAAAGAUCAAUCAAGAUCGUCCCGAUGAAAAGUUCCGUCAAGCCUUUGUGGAUGCUCACCAAAAGCACGCUCCCAAGCACUCUCCCUUUGUUGCCACUUAUUUCAACCAAGUCAAGUCUCUUACUGUCCGCCAAUUUGAAUUGAUUCUUGGUGAUAAGGGUGCUCUUGUUUCUCGUUAUGGUGGUGUUGUUGUCAAGGGUUUGAUUAUGGCUUCUGUCUUUUACAUGAUGCCUCAAAAUGCCAGUGGUGCUUUCUCUCGUGGUGGUUCUUUCUUGUUCUCUCUCUUGUUCAAUGCUUUGAUUGCUCAAGCCGAACUCAGUGCCUUUAUGCAGGGCCGACGUGUGUUGGAAAAGCACAAGCAUUUCGCUUUGUAUCAUCCCUCUGCUUUCUAUAUUGCUACUGUUAUUGCUGAUGUUCCCUUGGCUUUGAUUCAAGUCAUUGUCUUUGAACUCUGUGUCUACUUUAUGAUGGGCCUUGUGCUCGAUGCUGGAAAGUUCUUUACCUUCUUCAUCAUCCUUGUCGUGACUAAUUUGUGUAUGAAUGGUUUCUUCCGUUUCUGGGGUGCUGUCUCUCCCAACUUCUUCACUGCCUCUCAAUUGUCCAGUAUCCUCUUGAUUGCCUGUCUCGUCUACUGCGGUUAUCAAAUUCCCUACAACCAAAUGCAUCCCUGGCUCAUGUGGAUCUACUGGAUCAACCCACUUGCCUAUGGUUACAAGGCUUUGAUUUCCAACGAAUUGCACGGCAUGCACUUUACCUGCGAGGGCCCCAAUUCUGUUCCUUAUGGUCCUUCUUACACCAACACGAAUUACCAAACCUGUAACCUUCCUGGCGCUGUUCCUGGUCAAACUUAUGUGCUCGGUGAUGACUAUCUCCACACUGCUUACGGUUAUGAGACUUGGCAACGUUGGAUCAACUUUGUCGCUGUCUUGCUUUUCUUCUUUUUCUUCACUAUUCUUACUGCUCUUGCAAUGGAAUACGUUGAUCUUCAAAAGGAAGGCUCUAUCACCAAGGUGUACAAGGCCGGUUGUGCUCCAAAGGAAAUCGAUGAGACUCAAGCUCUUGAACAAACUGUUACUGAAAACGAUGAAAAGAUGGAAGCUGUCAAUGAUGGCACUACCUUCUCAUGGCACCAUAUGGAUUAUACUGUCCCUAUCAAGGGUGGCAAGCUCAAGCUUUUGAAUGACAUUGGUGGUAUCGUGAAGCCAGGACAUCUCUGCGCCUUGAUGGGUUCCUCUGGUGCUGGUAAAACUACUCUUCUGGAUGUGCUGGCCAAGCGUAAGACUAUUGGUAAAAUUGAAGGCCGCAUCUACUUGAAUGGUGAGCCUCUCGGUGCUGACUUUGAACGUACUACUGGUUACUGUGAGCAAAUGGAUGUCCACAAUCCCAAUGCCACUGUUCGUGAAGCUCUCAAGUUCUCUGCCUAUCUUCGUCAACCUGCUGAGGUCCCCAAGGAAGAAAAGGACGCCUAUGUUGAACAAAUCCUUCGUCUCAUGGAAAUGGAAAAGAUUGCUGAUGCUCUUGUUGGUGAUCUUGAAGCUGGUAUCGGUAUUUCUGUAGAAGAACGUAAGCGUCUUACUAUUGCCACCGAAUUGGUUGGUAAGCCCAAGCUUCUCUUCUUGGAUGAACCCACCUCUGGUUUGGAUGCUCAAUCCUCCUUCAACAUCGUCCGUUUCAUUCGUAAGCUCGCCGAUGCUGGUUGGCCUGUACUCUGUACCAUUCAUCAACCCUCUGCCACUCUCUUUGAACACUUUGAUCAUCUUGUCCUCUUGGUCCGUGGUGGUAAAACUGCCUACUGUGGUGAAAUUGGUCCUAACUCUCGUACUAUGAUUGAAUACUUUGAAUCCAACGGUGGUCCCAAGUGCUCGCCUCAAGCUAACCCUGCUGAAUAUAUUCUCGAAUGUGUUGGUGCUGGUACUGCUGGUAAGGCUACCAAGGACUGGUCUGAAGUCUGGACUGCUUCUCCUGAAGCCAAGGCUCUUGACGCUGAACUCGAAGCUAUCCAUCAAGGCAUUGAUCCCAACAAGAAGAACCGCAGCACUCCUUACUCUCUCUCUUUUGCUCAACAAUUCUGGCUCGUCUACAAGCGUAUGAAUGUCUCUUGGUGGCGUUGUCCUACCUACAACAUGGGUAGAUUGUUCAACGUUUGUUUCAUUGGCCUUAUCUCUGGUUUCUCCUUCUGGAAGCUUGGAACUACUCCUAGCGAUUUGCAAAACCGCAUGUUCUCUGUAUUUACCACCUUGUUGAUGUCCAACGCCUUGAUUAUCUUGGCUCAGCCUCGUUUCAUGCAAGAAAGAAUGUGGUUCCGAAGAGAGUAUGCCUCGAAAUAUUACGGUUGGGCACCAUUUGCUUUGUCUUGUAUCCUCGUUGAAAUCCCCUACUUGAUUGUCUUUUCUGCAAUCUUCUUGUUCUGUUUCUACUGGACUGCAGGCCUUCAAAACGUGUCUGAUCGUGUAGGCUUCUUCUACAUCCACUUUACCGUUUUCUUGUUCUACUCUGUCUCUCUUGGUUUCAUGAUUGCCGCUUUCUCUGCUACCCCUCCUAUGGCUGCUGUCAUCAACCCCUUCUUCACCUCCAUCUUGAUUCUGUUUGCUGGUAUCAUGCAACCUCCUGCUUCCAUGCCUUACUUCUGGAGAGCUUGGAUGUACUGGCUUGAUCCAUAUCAUUAUGUGAUUGAAGGUCUUGUUGUCAAUGUCAUGGACAGUGUCGAAGUUGUUUGCGGUGACAAUGACUGGACCCCCAUCAACAGCCCUCCUGGCAUGAACUGUGGUGACUACAUGGCUGACUUCUUCAACGCUGGUGGCAAUGGUUAUCUGCAAUCCAACUCUUCUACUGGUGUCUGUAACUACUGUCCUUACACCAAGGGUAACCAAUUCUACGAGGAAAGAAUCGGCUGGCACUUUGACAACAGAUGGCGCGAUUUCGGUAUUCUCUGUGCCUACUGUGUCUUCAACGUCUUUGCCUUUAUGUUCUUUGUCUUCUUACUUAGAAAGGCCAAGCGAUAA